CAGGAAGAAGUUCUUUUGCACAUGCGUAGAACGUUUCUGGCUCUGCUCGGUAGUCGAAGCUGAAAACGGCUGUGUACUUUAUAGCAGAUAAAUAUUUGAGCUGCUGAAGUAACGAUGUGUUCAGUCGAGUAUUUGAGAGACUUUGUUAAUGAGCGACUAACGGCUGCUGCUGAAGAGAUAUUCGGAGCCUUUGUAAAAACGAUCGUCCAGAAUGAGGCCGAUGCCAGGCAGCGCAUACUCCGGGAUAUCACCGUUAAGUUCCCCAAAAUAAAGUUACAGAGAAUAG